AUGUCGGCAGACACGCGGCCCAUAUCGCCGGCCCGCUUCGCCACGGCCCUCAAAGACCUCUCCGUCCCCAUGCUGCACGUCAAGGUGCUCGAGAUCCGCAACUCCAUCGCCCACCUGCACUACUCAAACGACCAGCUGAAGCCCUUCGCCGAGGGGUCGGCCACCGCGCCGGGCGACGGCGCCGCCCCCGGCCCGGACCAGGACUGCAUCGACGCCAUCCGGGAGAACGAGGUGGUGAUAGACCGCAUGGCCCAGCGGAUGGCCCUCAUCCGGGCCGAGUUGGAGGGCCGCGGCCUCGGCUGGACCGAGUUCCGGAGCAAGGAGGAGGCAGAGGCCGCUGCCGGCGAGGCGAGAGCGGGCGCGGGCGCGGGCGCGGACGCGGACGCGGGAUCCCGGCCCAACGGCCACGAGCACGAGCACGAGCACGAGCACGAGCACGAGCACGCGACGCACUCGGCGUGGACGGACGGCACUUUUCAGACCGGCACGAUACGCGACGGGCAGGUUCGUACGGAUCCGAGGCCUGCUCCUCCAACAGGGCCUGGGAACCAUCCCGGUGGGAGGCUGACUGAUGAGGAGCUGAGGCGGGCAAUGGAGGAGAGGAUGCGGGACUUGGGCGGCAGCGACGGCGAAGACGAUGGUGGCAUGCACCUGUGA